GUAGGAAAUAAUCUUCAUUAGGCUACAAAUUCCUGACACAUUUACAUACAUAACAUUCGCCACAUUUUAUCUAAAUGGCAGCAUCAGUGCCUUCGUGCACCCUGUCUGACCGUUUAACAAAGUGCCUCCUAUGGGUUCAUAUCAGUGGAGGCUGCUGAGGGAGGACGGCUCAUAAUAAUGGCUGGAACGGAGCGAAUGAAAUGGCAUCAAACACAUAGAAACCAUAUGUUUGAUGUAUUUGAUACUAUUCCACUGAUUCCGGUCAAGACAUUACCAUGAGCCCGUCCUCCCCAAUUAAGGUGCCACCAAUCUCCUGUGGUUCAUAUAUCCCCAUUUGCCAAGUCUUGAAAGACUGUUUUUGUAGUCUGAUAUUCACUCAUUUUCAUCAGUCAUGAUUUUCUCUGGGUGUCCGGCAGCUCAUGCUUUUUAUUUCCCUAAACAUCAAACACAAAGCAAGCUACAUGAGCAAUCUCACCCCCUCCCAGCACUUAUCUUAUUUGCCAACAUUGUGGAGUGGAAAUCACAACCAUUUUGCCACGCCUAUGACAUAUGUGUCUGUCUCCAUAGUAACUACUGUGUUAUAGCCUAUCCAAUCCAUGCACUAAAUGGACAAUCCUUUCCUCACCUCAGGGCUCUGUUGCCAGGGCCACCUUCGGAUAUGAUUGCCAGGACGAUGAGCAGCAUGCAGCAGGAUCAUGGUGAGAGAGGAGGGUCAUGUCAGAAUCCAGCGGCCCCUCUCUACGACUCUACAGAGGACCUCUGCUGCAUAACCACCACCUUCCAGUACCUGCAGAACUCAGGUUGGUACUGGGGGUCUAUUUCAGCCAGUGAGGCUCGAGACGCUCUCCUGAAGAUGUCAGCGGGAACCUUCCUGGUACGCGAUAGCAGCCACCCCCUCUACAUGCUGACCCUGUCAGUGAAGACGGCCUUUGGCCCCACCAAUGUGCGCAUAGAGUACAUCGGGGGUCGCUUCCGGCUGGACUCCAGCUCUGCAGGUCCCCCUCACUUGCUGUCCUUCCCUGAUGUCUGCAGCCUUGUACAGCAUUACGUGGAGGACCCUCCUCAACCUAAAGCCAAACCCAGGCCGCCCCAGCCCGCAGCGAAGGGCAAUGCAGUACUGCUCAAGUUGCUGCGUCCCCUACCCCGGGCCUUCCCCUCCCUCCAGCACCUUACCCGCCUCACCAUCAACCACCACACUGACUGUCCGGACCAGCUGCCCCUGCCAUGCCCACUAGUGCGCUACCUUCAGGACUACCCCUUCCAGGUAUGACGUAUGAUGGUCAUCUGGCAACCAUCCCAGCCCAAGGAAGGGCACACAGUAGCACUAGCGACCUCCCAGUGAGGGCCAGAGGUUAUUACCUUUUGCUUAUAGGGUUAGAAAUGGCCUCAGCUCAGCCGGACAGUGGCACCAUGGGAAGCAAAGUGCAGUGUUGUCUGGGAAGAGUAGAACUAUACACGUCUCACUGGGCCUCGGGUUUCUCAUACAGACACACAUGAACCAGACUCUUAAAAUGACAUUUUUACAAACAUUUAUACUGUUUACUUGAAUAUUUUGUCAAGGAUUUUAUAAGAAUGACAUUAUAUGGAUUAUUUGUCAAUUCAUGCAAAUAAAUAUAUUUUAUAGUUAAAAAAAUGUAAUAAAAGAUGUCUCUUGUUCA